UUUACCAUGCACUCUCUACAGCCUCUCCUGUCAGUGUCAACAAAAGAAAAAGAAAGAAGAAGGAGAGAAGACACCAUAACCAUUUCACACCCUCUUCUUUCUGCAGUACUCGGCCUCAAUUAGCUCUCCCUGAUCUGCUCACGGCCACAGGCCACCAUGGCAGCUGCCGCCUCCGAUUUCAUGGGCGUCCUCCAGAUCCUGUGGGAAGCACUCCAUCUCCCUGUCAAGGCAGGAACCCUCUUCCUCUACCUCCUCCUCCUCACCCUCCUCUCCUCCUCUCUCCUCUUUCUCUCCGCCUACUCCAUCUCCCCUCUCGUCCUUGACCUGGUCUCCAAGCUUUCUCCCCUGUUCAGGAACCCCAUCGGCCCGGAGCCCCCUAACCUCUUCCACGAAAUAGAGAAGGACCUCCGUGACAUCGCCAGCCUCACAUCCGGCGUCGCCUUCGUCUUCUUCUUCGUCUCUCUGUUCCUCAUUGUUGCCACCAUGUACACCUUCGCCAUGGCCUACACCAACCGGAGCUUGUCCCCCAAGCAGCUGCUGCUCCGGGUCGGCCGCCGGUGGUACCAAACCCUGGUCACGCGGCUCUACGUGGUGCUUCUGACCCUUGGACUUGCACUCCUGUCCUCGCUCGUCAUCGGCACCCUCAUGCUGGUCUCCCGUGUCCCGACGGUCGCCACCGCAGGUGUCGUUGCAGUCCUUUUGUACCUCUACCUUUCCACAAGGUGGUGUACGAGCCUCGUCAUCACUGUCGUCGAGGAGACCUGGGGGAUCGGCGCCCUCUCCUGGUCGGUCGAGCUCUUCAUAGGCAACAAGAAGAAAGGGACCAUACUCACCCUCAUACUGAAGGUGGUAGAGACGGCGAUCUUUGGAGCAUUUGGUCUCGCUUUAGCGUCGCCAGGGCCGCCUCGGCCGCCGGAGGCGCAGAUGAAGCUCUGGUGCAUCGUGGCAGCUGCGACUGCCGUGUGGGAGAUCUACGCCAUGGCUGUGUACACAGUGUUCUAUUACGAGUGCAGGAAGAGCCACGGAUUGGAAGAGGUCAUGACGGUGAAAGGGGAAUACAUCUACACCGGCUUUCCCACUGCUGUUGCAGUUAAAGUCGACGAAAUAUAUUGAGAUGGAAGCUAGCGAAAGAGAUCAAAAUAAGACUAUGGUUUGUUCUUGCUCUUCCUAUAUGUAUUUUCCACAAAUAUCAUGUCACAGCUUCGUUUUCUGUCGAUCAUGUGGACGAAUCAUAUCACUGCUCUGGAAAAACACACUGCUCAUGUAAUAUAUAAUGUGUGAUCAGAUAGCUUUUCUGUCUCA